CUCACCGGUCAGCUCCAUCUUCGACAUCUACAACUCCCCAACCUCCUUGUUGCCUAAGUCUUCCAUCUUUUUUUCACGAGAAAUCGCACGAGGCACGGAGAACAACAGAAGGUGUCAUUUACUAGGUGCGGCGUCCGAAAUCCAAGACAUUGGAGCAGGCAUGCGAGAGGCCGCACAGCUGAGUGAACAUGCGACAAAAUGAGCAACUCAUCAAGAAUACCAAAGAUUACUGAAGGAAAAUGUCCGACUCCACGAUCGAUACCAAACAAUAACGCUUUGCCUUCUUCUUCCCUUCCAAGGCAUUCUUCAGCCCGAACACAGAGGUUGAGCCGACCUGUUAAAAGCGACUUUAAUUCGGAAUCGUCGAUUGACCGCCAUUCGGACGAACUGAGAGACAAUGGGUUCAUCAAGCUCAAUACUCAUGACGUGGGGUUGGUGGAGGAGCAUGUGCCUGGAAUUGAAGCAUUCGCAGCAGACCUCCAAGCUGCCGUCGAUGCAGCUUGGCCGACACGGAAGAGGAGUCGAUAUGGCAAAGCCCACGUCUUAUUGCUGAGUUGGGAAGACGAUAACCUUGGGGUGAACCGAGAGAUGCAUCGUCUGGAAUAUGUGUUUUCAAAUCUCUACAGAUUUGACGUACAAUGCUUCAAGAUACCCCGGAAGACAGCAGGGAAGGCGACUACAUCACGAAUCCUAUCAUUCCUGGAAAAUGAUGGACCUGAAACUUUAUUCAUUUUACAUUACGCUGGACACGCACGCUUGAGCCACCGAAGCAGUGAGCCGCCGAUCUGGUCCGCGACCGAUACAUCGAAUUCGCCAACGCUACCUUCAGGUGGUGUACAGCAACUAUUUGAGGAAGCUGAGUCCGACGUCCUACUUCUCUACGACACUUGCCACUCGUCGCAUCCAGCUGUCAAUAUCGGCGGACAAGGUGUCACUGAAGUCAUUGCAGCCUGCGGGUUUGAGACCGAAGCUCCAGCGGUUGGACCUCACUCUUUCACAAAUGCUCUGAUACGAGAACUUGAAGAAGCUUUUAAUGGUCCACCAUUAUCAGUUGCAGAGCUCCAUGGCAGAAUUAUUGGUUCUCUCAAAAAUUGGAAACCAAGCCUUUUGAGAGACGAGAAUGGCCACGUGUGGACAGAUCAACACGGUCAGCCAAGAUAUGAAUGUCACAAAAGAAGGACACCAGUUCAUUGUUUCUUGACGAACGAGACCCCGUAUAGGAGUAUCAUGCUGGCCCCUCUUCCAUCCCAACUAUCUCAUUCGGCGGUGGCCAGGAUUGAGCAUUCACCGUCACUCAAAUUGACUGCCACAAACUCGCUGGAUGCCAGCCAAUCAAUACGUAACUCAGAGCAUUCUACUGCCCCAACUUCUGUCUCGGACUCUUCAAAGGGAUCUCGUGGACCUCAAGUUCUUUUGGCAAUCCGUCUUGAGGACGACUAUUUGCUCGAUGAUAGGCAGAGCGGAGGAGGUAAGAAGCUGCAGACUUGGGCUGAAUGGCUGAGGUCUGCACCGAACGGAAUCAGGGACAUCACCAUUCAAGGUAUUUACAAGAGCUUUUCCACGCUUGUGCUAAUUAGCAUGCCCGUCGUUGUCUGGGACAUCCUGCCUGACAAUGCAGCGUACUCUUUCGUCGGCUUUGUACAGUCUGGUAAUCUGGCUCAUGAUAUUUUGAAGAAUGGUCGAGAGCUCGACGUCGACGUGCCAAAUGAUACCAAUAUCAAUGAAAAGCACGCACCCCAUGUCUUCGAAGGGAAAGCGGUUGAAUCCACCCAACAGAGGAUUCCGAGUAUACCCAAUCGUGAUUCUGGAUUUUCAGAGUUGAAAGACACUGCAGAUGAACUUUCAGUCACAGUCACCAAUACCACUGGCGAUCGGCACAAAUUACCAUAUCAUAUGUGUAGCUCUUGGAACGUCUUUGAUCAUGCAAUGAAAGCUACCUUUCCAAGUUCUGAUCCUACUGGCAGAGCUGUUCAUCAGAGCCACUAUCAGAUGGUGGAUCAGAACCAUACUAUCAUUCUCCCGCAGAUGUGGGAGAAGUAUGUCCGACCAGGAGCGUCAUUGAAGAUACAUGUCUGGCAAGGUCCAGGACAUUUCAAGCCACUCACACCGCCACCAGCACCAGCACCAGGCGCUAGCCUUUCUCCACAACCUUUGAGUUGUCGGCCGCUUGUAAAAGAGUCUUUGAAGCGACAGCGAACGUUGAAACGCCGUGCAGGCUUUGUUUUACCGAAGCCCCACGUCUUCGAAAACCGCCCUCCGAGCCCGGAAGAAUCAUCAGAUGAAAGAUUUGAACCUAAGCAAAGAGAUACGAUGGGAUUAGUUGAAUCAAGAUCAUCGCAUCCACCUCGAUCGGGAUCGCUAAGUCAAAAGUUGCCCGAGACGCCAUCAGCUCAGAGACCGCGGCCUACAUCCUCACCUCCAUUCACAACAUCUCGGAUAUCAUACCCUACUACUGAAAAAUCUCGAGAUACGAGUCGCUACGAAACUUGGUCAGGCUUUUCCAAAACCUCAAACCAGCACAUUGCAGAGAAGACACGCCUCAAGAUUCAGAUCAAACCCACUCGGGCUCGAAGCUUGCAUGAGAAAAUUGAGCGACAAACUCCAGAUCCCUUUGCGCCACGGAGGAGUCUUUCCGAGGCAUCAGAGAAAGUAAUCGCCAGAGCCGUGGUGCAUAAGUUGCGGAAAGAGAAAGCUUCCUCGAUGCUGAAGAGCCAGUACUCUGGAUCUACACUGAGAACGAACUCCAUAAAAUCGCAGCGAGAUUCUGGAAAGUUUGAUGGCAGUGAUUGUGACGGACACAUUUCUAAGCCUCAGGAAGAAGUUGUGACCUAGAUAAAAGGAUCUCCAGUGACAAGAAUCCUCAGCACCUGCCAUAAAAUCGUAACGUGGUGCCAGGAACGAAAUGAGCCAAAAUGCUGCACCCACUUUUGCGGCUUCAAUAAAAGUCAAAAGUCGCUUUCUGAUUAGGAGCUAUCAUGCAUGAUAUGGUAAGGAAGAACCUGGCAAAUGAUUAUAAGAGCUGAGGCCACGACACACGGCCCACUUAAGCGAGAACCUCAAAAUUACACCUAGU